AUGAGCGUUCAGAGGUCACCAACUGGAGGGUCGCAACCAGAUAUAUCUAAAAUGAGCGAUUUAGUGUCGGAUUCAUCAAUUACAUUUCGGAAACGAAAAUUGCCUUUUGGUGUCGAAUGUGCAUGCUCUGAAGAAUUAGGGGGAAUGAGAUCUGAACUAAGUCGUAUCAGUUCUCUAUUAGAAAAAUACAUCGUGUCUAAUGAGCUGAUUUUAAAAACCAUGCAAGAAAAUAUUACUGAUAUAAAAAACCAAAUUGCUGAUAUUAAAUUGACGAACGAGCGAUCUCAUAGCGCAAUGCAAGUAAAAAUGGAAUCACUUGAAUCAGACUUAAACAAACUCAAAAUUUCCUCAAAAUCUGCACCAAUAACGCUGGAAAACGAGUUGAUACUCGGCGAACAAAUUAUACAGGAGAUUCAGCAACGCAAAAAUAGAGAAAAAAAUAUCGUGCUUGUCGGCUUACCUGAACAAAUUGCGUCUACUCCUGAAGACAGAUUGUCAAAAGACGAAGCUGAGGUAUUCAAAACUAUAUCCUCGGUCAAAGAAUCAAAAAACCGCACUGGAUCGUCCACCAUUGACGUUCAUAAGCCCAGUUUAUGGUAUUACAAGUUAUUGACAUUCUUGGAGAAAAAAAAUGAUGUGAAAGGAAAGGGACUCGAUUCACUCAUGGGUGACGCGGAAGUCGAACAACAAAUAGGCCGGACGAAUCAAAAAAAGCUGACAAGAGAACGCAACAUCGAAAUUAAAAAAGAAAAACAGAAGGGAACAGAAGGGAAACUAAUGCAUUCGGAGUAUAUGUGGGCAAGAAAAUGGAAGAAAUUGGUCAGCAGCGAGAUCUCGCUGAGAAACUAA